UCAAAGGAACAGCGUCGUUUCUUGCUUAAAGCGACCACGAAUCAGUUUCAGUCGACCAAGACAAGGCAAGAAGCCAAAAACAAGACGAAUCAAAUUGACAAGGCAGAAGAGAAUGCAAGAAAUGGGGAAGCAGCAAGCGCUGAUUUUGAUCCCAAAAAUGGUGAAAAUCCCUCCUCUUCAAGCCUUAUCACUCUUCAACUCCUCGAUUCAACAAGGCUUCCAACAAACUCACCACUCCAUUUCUUUCCUUCUCCAACACCUUCUUGACCAUCACAAACUUCCCCAUGCACAAUCUCUCCUCCUCCAAAUACUUUCCAACAGAAUCUCCUCUCCCUUUUUCACUGUCCCAUCUCUUCUCCACCAUUUAACACAUAAUCAAAACCAGAACCAGAACCCAUCUAUGAGUACUGCUCCUCUCUAUGAAACAAUCAUCAAUGCCCAUCUUAAAUCUCAAUUACUAGACAAAGCCCUCGUCUUUUUCAAUGAAAUGGUUGAUAAAGGUCUUGUCUUUCGCCCUAACAUUUUUAAUAGUCUCUUGGGUUCUCUUGUGGGAUCAAAUUGUUUUGAGAAAGCUUGGUUGGUUUUUAAUGAAUUGAAAGAGACGGUUAAGCUUGAUGUCUAUAGUUUUGGGAUAAUGAUCAAGGGUUGUUGUCAAAAUGGUAAUUUGGAUAGAAGUUUUCAACUGUUGGGUCUUUUACAAGACAUGGGUCUUUCUCCUAAUGUUGUCAUAUACACUACUUUGAUUGAUGGUUGUUGUAAGAAUGGUGAUAUUGAAAGAGCUAGGUUGUUUUUUGAUAAGAUGGGAGAGAUGGGUUUGGUUGCAAAUCAGUAUACUUUUACGGUAUUGAUUAAUGGGUUGUUUAAGAAAGGACUUAAGAAAGAUGGUUUUGAUUUGUUUGAGAAGAUGAAGAUUAAUGGGCUGUUUCCCAAUUUGUAUACGUAUAAUUGUUUGAUGAAUGAGUAUUGCAGUGAAGGAAAAAUAUGCAGAGCUUUUGACUUGUUUGAUGAAAUGCGUGAGAGAGGUGUAGAAGCAAAUGUCGUCACGUAUAAUACUUUGAUCGGUGGCAUGUGUAGAGAGGAGAGGGUUUGGGAGGCUGAGAAGUUGGUGGAUCAAAUGAAGAAAGCUGCUGUUAGUCCUAAUUUAAUCACAUAUAACACAUUAAUAGGUGGAUUUUGUGAUGUUGGGAAUUUGGAUAAGGCUUCAAGUUUACUAGAUCAAUUAAAGUCAAAUGGUCUAUCUCCAUCUUUGGUGACCUAUAAUAUUCUCAUUGAAGGAUAUUCCAAGGCUGGAAAUUGGAAAGGAGUUGCUGAUUUAGCAAGGGAGAUGGAGGGGAGAGGCAUUUCUCCUUCUAAAGUGACAUGUACUGUUUUAAUUGAUGCUUAUGUUCGAUUGCAAGAAAUGGAGAAAGCAUUUCAAAUUUAUUCCUCUAUGGAGAAGUUUGGUUUGGUUCCUGAUGUCUACGUCUAUGGUGUGCUAAUACAUGGUCUGUGCAUGAAAGGUAACAUGAAAGAAUCAUCAAAACUGUUUAGAUCAAUGGGUGAAAUACACGUGGAACCAAGUGACGUGAUAUACAAUACAAUGAUCCAUGGUUACUGCAAAGAGGAUAACUCCUAUAGGGCUUUGAGGUUGCUUAGAGAAAUGGAAGCUAAGGGGUUGGUUCCAAAUGUGGCUAGCUACAGUUCUAUCAUCGGAGUCCUAUGCAAGGAUGGGAAGUGGGAAGAAGCUGAGGUUUUAUUAGACAAGAUGAUAGAAUUGCAACUGAAACCGUCAGCUUCCAUCUUAAACAUGAUCUCCAAAGCCAAAAAUUUUACAGAAUUGAAUAUUUAAAGGACUCUUGGCGUGAAGUGGCAAAGCAGAAUUCCGUGAAAGAUGGAGCCUUUGAGAUAAUGGUAACAUUGGUAAAAGAAUCCGCAAAGAUUUGAAACACACACCCACAUUUUGGGACAGACUAACAGAGACUGCAAGACACACAGUGUGGGAGAGGGCACUGAAAACGAUCCAAUCCUGUUGUAUAGAAACUAAUAUCAGCAGUUCCGUAUGAAUGAAUCAAGUUUUUUAGCAUGAUAAGGCAUCUAAUAUUUUACCUAUUUGAUCUUUUCAAUUUCACAUAGAAAUUUGUUCAAAAAAAUCACAUAGAGAUGGGAAAUCACGCACUUAUGUUUUGAGUAUCCCCUUGUUCUUCGUUGCAAAACAUUACUUUUUAUGGAAUUAUUAGUUAUGUCCAAAGCAUGUACCUUAACAACUAGUUUCAGUAUAAUGUUAGGACAAACAAUAAAAAGAAGAAGAAUAAAUAAACGUACAGUUGUUGCAAGUUCUUGAUCCGACCCACCUCUGGGGCAAGAAAUCCCCUUAAAAAAAAAUACCUGGAUACGUUUCUGCAAAAAUAUAACUCCAACAAAAAAAUGGUUAUAACUUGAUUCACUGAUAAAUGCACCUCAUAUGUACCAUGUGCUAGGAUCUAAUUAGAGAAAGACUAGCAUAUAUAAUACGGAGUUUUGAUAGAAAAUUUUGAUGUAUCAUCUCUUACAUCUUUAAUAGAUGGUCUCGAGCAAAGGAGCUGGAAAUGCCAGACCACCUGCAAGGAUCUUCAUCUGAGGCAUCCCAAUUUAACAAAACCAUACCUGGGCCUUCAUACAAAGCUUUCUUUGAAUUUUCUGCUACCUGCAACCAGAUUCUGCAAUAUGGGUGCGAAAAUGAGCCUGCUAGCGUCACAGAUUUUGCUUGCAGCUCUUAUUAAACGGAAAUUUGGAACAUCUGCAGACGUGACUUAAAUGUCACAUUGGUAUGCAGGUAUAGUUGUGGCAUGUAUCUGCUUCUUUGUUCCUGCUUUCGCAAUGCCAAGUGAAAUCCGGUCAGCCGGGCAAAGCAUCGUACUCUCGGUUAAUAUGUUUUUCGCCUUCUCUAUUGCUCAAUUGUUUCUUCCUAUGCUUUCCCUGAUGAAAUGUGGCCUGUUCAUCUUCUUUCCGAGUUUGUGGCAAUUAUGACUUCUUCCUUUAUUCCUUUCUUGCCUGAAAGGAAGCACGUACCAAUUGAAGAGAUGUACAAAGUGUGGAAAGAACAUUUGUUUAGGAGGAAAUUCAUGCCUGUAGAUGAUCCCCGAGCAACUGUCACCUCCUAUGGAGAACCAUACUCCAGGCACCCAACCGGAAGGCAUUUUGUGUUCAAGCUUCACAGUAGUCUUUCUCUCCAACUCGAAACAAGUAAAACUGCCGGGGAGAGUAAUUUUUAAAAAAAUAAAAAAUUAUGCCUUAUUAAUUUGUUCAUGUCAUUUUUGUAAUUUAAUUGACGUGUUGUUAAUUAUUUCAUGUCAUAUUAAAUGCGAAAAGAUUCAUAUUAUGAUUAUAAUUCAUUAAA